UAUUCUUUUUAUUUAUAAGACUCUCUCUCUCUCUCUCUGUUUCUGUCUCUGGAGGGAGAGAGAGAGAGAGCGAGGUAGGGUUUCGAUCUCUGUGAUGGCGGCGCAUAGAGAUUUAGAGCCGCCGAUAUUCGAAGAAACGACGUCGAAUUCUCUGUUACGAAACACUCGUUGCUGCUUCUGUUUUCCUUGCUUCAGCUCCCGUCGCACGCCCACCGUCGGACUAGCCUUCUGGGAACGGAUACGUACCGCCCAGGUCCAGUCCAGUACCAGCUUGUGGGCCCGAAGCGUUAGAGCCUUCCGGAAGGUCCGAGAAUGGUCCGAAAUCGUCGCCGGUCCGCGUUGGAAGACUUUCAUCAGAAGGUUCAACCGGAGUAAAAGCGGAAGUGGCAGCGUCGGUGAUGGUAGGCACGGGCAGUUCCAUUACGAUCCUUUGAGUUACGCUCUGAAUUUCGACGAAGGGCCGGGACAGAACGGUAAUUUCGAAGAUGAUAUAGAUUACGGCGGUUUCCGAGCUUUCUCCACGCGCUACGCUUCCGUUUCCGGUUCCGAAAAACCAGUCUCGGCUCCGACGUCGUCGUCGUCGUUGGAGGUUGGGAAGGACGCGGCGGUUUUCGCGUGAACGAGGAAGGAAGUCCGUGAGCUGGACUGUUGACUCGGUGACGUCAACUUGUUGCUUGUACUUUGUUGUCUUUGUUGGGUGAAGAGGUAAUUACGAGCACUUUUGAGGUUUAUUUGUAUCAUCUGAGGUGUGGGUGUUGGUGAUAGCGACAGAAGAAGGAUAUGAGGAUGAAACGUGUGGGAUUUAGAUGACAAAAAAGAUUAGAUUUUUAUAUUCCUUUUUCUUUGGGAAUAAAGAAAUAUAAUAUAGAAAUAGGAUAAUGAUGUGUACAUAUUGAGUAUUUUAAUUGAAUAUAUGUAUAUUUUAUAUUUGAUGGACAAAUACUAUGUUACUUUGUAAUUUGCAAGCAAAUACUAAGAUAAGGACUCUUAUACUUCUUUUAUAAA